CGGAGCGGGCUGCUCUCACUGCGACCACAGGCUGGUUCGUGCAGGCUGUCCUUCUCCUUCAAAACCGUGCAUCCCCUCCCCGAAGCAGCAGGCAGUGUGCCUCCAUUCAGCCACAUUUGGUAUGCAUGAGCACGGCUGCAGGGAGAGGGGAGGUGGCUUUCUUAAGAAGGUUCCGUGGCUCAGGCAACGCCACUUGACUAGUCUCCCAAGUUCCAGCAAGCCUCUGCCCUGAUGGAAUUUGCAGGUGUGGAGAUGACCAUGGGAUGCCAAGGCCGUGGGGGACCGUUUGUUUUCUAGGCAUUGCUCAGGGUUGCAGUUUUUGGUUCUCCCGGUGGAAUUUGGAAGGGGUCAUGAAUCAGACUGAUGCUCCUCGUCCCCUAAACUGGACCAUCCGGAAGCUGUGCCAUGCAGCCUUUCUCCCAUCUGUCAGACUUCUGAAGGCUCAGAAAUCCUGGAUAGAAAGAGCAUUUUAUAAAAGAGAAUGUGUUCACAUCAUACCCAGCACCAAAGACCCCCAUAGGUGUUGCUGUGGGCGUCUGAUCGGCCAACAUGUGGGCCUCACUCCCAGUAUCUCUGUUCUUCAGAAUGAGAAAAAUGAGAGUCGCCUCUCCCGAAAUGACAUCCAGUCUGAGAAGUGGUCCAUCAGCAAGCACACACAGCUCAGCCCGACGGAUGCUUUUGGGACCAUUGAGUUCCAAGGAGGUGGCCAUUCCAACAAAGCCAUGUACGUGCGAGUGUCCUUCGACACAAAACCUGAUCUCCUUCUGCACCUGAUGACCAAGGAAUGGCAGCUGGAGCUUCCCAAGCUCCUCAUCUCCGUGCACGGGGGCCUGCAGAACUUCGAACUGCAGCCAAAACUCAAGCAAGUCUUCGGGAAGGGGCUCAUCAAAGCGGCCAUGACCACCGGAGCGUGGAUCUUCACGGGAGGGGUUAACACAGGUGUUAUUCGCCAUGUUGGAGACGCCUUAAAGGACCAUGCAUCCAAGUCUCGAGGGAAGAUAUGUACCAUAGGCAUUGCCCCCUGGGGAAUUGUGGAAAACCAGGAGGACCUGAUUGGAAGAGAUGUUGUCCGGCCAUAUCAGACCAUGUCCAACCCCAUGAGCAAGCUCACUGUUCUCAACAGCAUGCAUUCUCACUUCAUCCUGGCUGACAACGGGACCACCGGGAAAUACGGAGCUGAGGUCAAGCUGCGGAGACAACUGGAAAAGCACAUUUCUCUCCAGAAGAUAAACACAAGAUGCCUGCCGUUUUUCUCUCUUGACUCCCGCUUGUUUUAUUCAUUUUGGGGUAGUUGCCAAUUAGACCCAAUUGGAAUCGGUCAAGGUGUUCCAGUGGUGGCGCUCAUUGUGGAAGGAGGACCCAAUGUGAUCUCGAUUGUCUUGGAGUACCUUCGAGACACCCCUCCUGUGCCUGUUGUUGUCUGUGAUGGGAGUGGACGGGCAUCUGACAUCCUGGCAUUUGGGCAUAAAUAUUCAGAAGAAGGCGGACUUAUCAAUGAAUCUCUGAGGGACCAGCUGUUGGUGACCAUCCAGAAGACUUUCACGUACACUCGGACCCAAGCCCAGCAUCUGUUCAUCAUCCUCAUGGAGUGCAUGAAGAAGAAGGAAUUGAUUACGGUAUUCCGGAUGGGAUCAGAAGGACACCAGGACAUUGACUUAGCUAUCCUGACAGCUUUGCUCAAAGGAGCAAAUGCCUCGGCCCCCGACCAGCUGAGCUUAGCUCUAGCCUGGAACAGAGUGGACAUCGCUCGCAGCCAGAUCUUUAUUUAUGGGCAGCAGUGGCCGGUGGGGUCUUUGGAGCAAGCCAUGUUGGAUGCCCUAGUUCUGGACAGAGUGGAUUUUGUGAAAUUACUCAUAGAGAAUGGAGUAAGCAUGCACCGUUUUCUCACCAUCUCCAGACUAGAGGAAUUGUACAAUACGAGACAUGGGCCCUCAAACACAUUGUACCACUUGGUCAGGGAUGUCAAAAAGCGAGAAUAUCCAGGUUUCGGUUGGAUCUAUUUUAAGGGGAACCUGCCUCCGGAUUACAGAAUCAGCCUGAUAGACAUCGGCCUGGUGAUCGAAUACCUGAUGGGCGGGGCUUACCGCUGCAACUACACGCGCAAGCGCUUCCGGACGCUUUACCACAAUCUCUUCGGCCCCAAGAGGCCCAAAGCCUUGAAACUACUGGGAAUGGAGGAUGAUGUCCCCUUGAGGCGAGGAAGAAAGACCACCAAGAAGAGAGAAGAAGAGGUGGACAUUGACUUGGACGACCCUGAGAUCAACCACUUCCCUUUCCCUUUCCACGAGCUGAUGGUGUGGGCCGUCCUGAUGAAGAGGCAGAAGAUGGCCCUGUUCUUCUGGCAACAUGGCGAAGAGGCCAUGGCCAAGGCCCUGGUGGCCUGUAAACUUUGCAAAGCCAUGGCUCAUGAGGCUUCAGAGAAUGACAUGGUCGAUGACAUCUCCCAGGAGCUGAACCACAACUCCAGGGACUUCGGCCAGCUGGCUGUGGAGCUCCUCGACCAGUCGUACAAGCAGGAUGAGCAGCUGGCCAUGAAGCUGCUGACGUACGAGCUGAAGAACUGGAGCAAUGCCACCUGCCUGCAGCUCGCCGUGGCGGCCAAGCACCGCGACUUCAUCGCGCACACGUGCAGCCAGAUGCUGCUCACAGAUAUGUGGAUGGGCCGGCUGCGCAUGCGCAAGAACUCAGGCCUCAAGGUAAUUCUGGGAAUUCUACUUCCUCCUUCAAUUCUCAGCUUGGAGUUCAAGAACAAAGACGACAUGCCCUACAUGUCUCAGGCCCAGGAAAUCCACCUUCAAGAGAAGGAGCCGGAAGAGCCAGAGAAGCCCACGAAGGAAAAAGAUGAAGAGGACAUGGAAUUGACAGCAAUGUUGGGACGCAACAAUGGGGAGUCUUCCAGAAAGAAGGAUGAAGAGGAAGUUCAGAGCAGACACCGGCUGAUCCCCCUGGGCAGAAAAAUCUAUGAAUUCUACAACGCACCCAUCGUGAAGUUCUGGUUCUACACCCUGGCAUACAUCGGGUAUCUGAUGCUCUUCAACUACAUCGUGUUGGUGAAGAUGGAGCGCUGGCCUUCCACACAGGAAUGGAUCGUCAUUUCCUACAUAUUCACCCUGGGAAUAGAAAAGAUGAGAGAGAUUCUAAUGUCGGAACCAGGGAAGUUGCUGCAGAAAGUGAAGGUGUGGCUGCAGGAAUACUGGAACGUCACAGACCUGAUAGCCAUCCUUUUGUUCUCUGUCGGAAUGAUCCUUCGUCUCCAAGACCAGCCCUUCAGGAGUGAUGGGAGAGUCAUCUAUUGUGUGAACAUCAUUUAUUGGUACAUCCGUCUAUUAGACAUCUUCGGCGUGAACAAGUAUUUGGGCCCCUAUGUAAUGAUGAUUGGAAAAAUGAUGAUAGACAUGAUGUACUUUGUCAUCAUUAUGCUGGUGGUACUGAUGAGUUUUGGGGUCGCCAGGCAAGCCAUUCUCUUUCCCAAUGAGGAGCCAUCAUGGAAACUGGCCAAGAACAUCUUCUACAUGCCCUACUGGAUGAUUUAUGGGGAAGUGUUUGCGGACCAGAUAGACCCUCCCUGUGGACAGAAUGAGACCCGGGAGGAUGGCAAAAUAAUUCAGUUGCCUCCCUGCAAGACGGGAGCCUGGAUUGUGCCGGCCAUCAUGGCCUGCUACCUUUUAGUGGCAAACAUCCUGCUGGUCAACCUGCUCAUCGCCGUCUUUAACAAUACAUUCUUUGAGGUAAAAUCCAUAUCCAACCAAGUGUGGAAGUUUCAGAGGUAUCAGCUUAUCAUGACUUUCCACGAAAGGCCGGUUCUGCCCCCACCUCUGAUCAUCUUUAGCCACAUGACCAUGAUCUUCCAGCAUCUGUGCUGCCGAUGGCGAAAACACGAGAGCGACCCAGACGAGAGGGACUACGGCCUGAAAUUGUUCAUAACUGAUGAUGAGCUCAAGAAAGUACAUGAUUUCGAAGAGCAGUGCAUAGAGGAAUAUUUCAGAGAAAAGGAUGAUCGAUUCAACUCGUCCAAUGAUGAGAGGAUACGGGUGACUUCGGAAAGGGUGGAGAACAUGUCCAUGCGGCUGGAGGAAGUCAAUGAGAGGGAGCACUGCAUGAAGGCCUCGCUCCAGACCGUGGACAUCCGGCUGGCGCAGCUCGAGGACCUCAUUGGGCGCAUGGCCACGGCCCUAGAGCGCCUGACAGGUCUGGAGCGGGCCGAGUCCAACAAAAUCCGCUCCCGGACCUCGUCGGACUGCACAGACGCCGCCUACAUCGUUCGCCAGAGCAGCUUCAACAGCCAGGAGGGGAACACCUUUAAGCUCCAAGAGAGUAUAGACCCUGCAGGUGAGGAGACCAUGUCCCCAACUUCUCCAACCCUAAUGCCCCGUAUGAGAAGCCAUUCUUUCUAUUCGGUCAAUAUGAAAGACAAAGGUGGUAUAGAAAAGUUGGAGAGUCUUUUUAAAGAAAGGUCCCUGAGCCUACACCGGGCUACUAGCUCCCACUCUGUAGCGAAAGAGUCCAAAGCUCCUGCAGCCCCCGCAAACACCUUGGCCAUUGUUCCUGACUCUAGAAGACCGUCUUCGUGUAUAGACAUCUAUGUCUCUGCCAUGGAUGAACUCCACUGUGAUAUGGACCCUCUGGACAAUUCCAUGAACAUCCUUGGGCUGGGGGAGCCCAGCUUUUCGGCUCCAGCACCUUCCACAGCUCCUUCAAGUAGUGCCUAUGCAACUCUUGCACCCACAGACAGACCUCCAAGCCGGAGCCUCGAUUUUGAGGACAUCACCUCCAUGGACACGAGAUCUUUUUCUUCAGACUAUACCCACCUCCCAGAAUGCCAAAACCCCUGGGACACUGACCCUCCAAUGUACCAGAGCAUCGAGCGCUCCAAAAGUAGCCGCUACCUAGCCACCACUCCCUUUCUUCUAGAAGAGGCCCCUAUUGUUAAAUCUCAUAGCUUUAUGUUUUCUCCAUCGAGGAGCUACUAUGCCAACUUUGGGGUGCCCAUGAAAACAGCAGAAUACACAAGUAUUACAGACUGUAUUGACACAAGGUGUGUCAAUGCCCCUCAAGCGAUUGCUGACAGGGCCACCUUCCCUGGUGCCCUGGGAGGCAAAGUGGAGGAUCCAUCUUGCUGCCAUCCUGAGCGAGAAGCAGAACUGAGUCACCCCAGCUCUGACAGCGAGGAGAACGAGGCCAAAGGCCGCAGAGCCACCAUCACAGUACCCUCCCAGGAGGGUGAUAACUCGGACAGAACCCUGUCCAACAACAUCACAGUUCCCAAGAUAGAGCGUGCCAACAGCUACUCGGCAGAGGAGCCAAGUGCGUCAUAUGCACACACCAGGAAGAGCUUCUCCAUCAGUGACAAGCUCGACAGGCAGCGGAACACAGCAAGCCUGCGAAACCCCUUCCAGAGGAGUAAGUCCUCCAAGCCAGAGGGACGAGGGGACAGCCUGUCCAUGAGGAGACUGUCCAGAACAUCCGCCUUCCACAGCUUUGAAAGCAAGCACAACUAAACCUUCUUAGCACUGCAGGAGGCUCAAGAAUCCAGCCCUGAAAUUCUCCCUGAACUCCACCUGUUCCCCUUCCUUGAAGCUUACCUGCUUUAUUCUUAGCUGAGCAAAACAAGCAAUGCCUUGGGAGGUGUUAACUUGAAGGUGACCUCUGGGCCGCAAAUCAAGAAAGCACUUGGUCUAGCCCAGUGCCAAACACAGGGGCUUUAAGUCAUGUUCACAUUCAAUGGGUAGGGUGGGAAAAGAGGGAGAAGAAGGGGUGCGGUGAGUGUGUAGGUCUAGCGACUUCAGAAAGCCAUGAGCUCUGGGAAUCAAGGGGCUUCAAGCACUCUCCAUGCCAGGAGGCAUCUUUCCAUUUCUGACCAUUAUCAAGAGAUUUAGGAUACAGGGCUAAAUUGCAAAAUAAGAUAAAAUAAAGUAGCCAGCAUACAAAUGAGAUAUUCUAAACUUCAAUUCUGUUUUCUUUUCACAUUGGCUCCAUCACUGGUGACUGAUGAAGAGCAUCCUUUUUAUUCAGUAUAAGCCGGCAGCAAGCAGUUCUACCUAACGUCCCACAUCCUUCUCAUGCCAACACUUCUGUAAUUGAUCAUUAUAAAGAAAAAACAAGGUAACAGUCAUAGUUCACCUGUCUCUUCUAUAUUCACUUCUGGUGCCACAACUGUUUAUCUUUUUUGAAGAAAAUAAAGGGAACAGAAAUGCCUUUUUGUGUUGCAAGCAAAAUGAAAGAAGAAUUGAGGCUAAAAACAAGGGUCAAGUAGUUUAUUAUAGACAGUGGGCAUUCGAGUAUAGUCGAGCAAGCUCAGGAUGAAUGUAAUUAAAUAAUUUUAUAUUUUUAAUUUAUUUUGUAUCUCACUUGUCAUCAAUGAAGUCACUCACUGAAUCUGUGAUAGUGAACUGAAAGAAAGAAAUAUAUACAGUGGGCAGAACUCACCUAAAAUUGCCAUGUGGUAUACUGUUACAUUCUCACCCUUCGUGUCCCGUGUCAUGCUGCUGUGUGAUUGUCAUCAUUUGCAUGGCUCCACCAUGUCUUCUGAACAUCUCCAAGAUGUACCUAGAAAUUCUUCACACCACUCAUCACAUGACCAUUUUGUAUAUGAAGAUCUGAUCACACGUGGAUAUUUUCAUACCAACAGUUUUGCCGUUUAAUCUGAGCUCAGCAUAAAUUUAAUUGGAGUUUUUUAAGGGCUGGUAUCUUUUUUAUGGAAAUGUUCCAAAGUACUUUUUAAGGAAGUUUCAAAUCAUAAAUAACCUUAGAAUUGACUGGGAAUUUGGUACAACCCAAAGCCAUCAGUUGCAGGCCUACCAUGAAUAUUUUUCUUAUAUGUAGAGCUAUAAAAAUGAUAGAGUAGACUCAAGUAGAAAGCAAACCACAUAAAGACUUCUAUAGUAUAUGCUGCUUAUAUACCUAUAUAUGCAUUUACACAGAGACAUGUUUAUAUAUAGUAUAUAAACAGGCAUAUAGAGCUUUCUUCAGAGGCUUGGACUUUUCUAUCACCUUGAGGUAUAAACCAGGAUUUUUAAUAUCCAAGGAGUUCCAUUGAAAGAGUUCAUUCUGUUAUGUUGGAUUUUGACAGAUGUUGAAAUUAUGUUUUUGUUUUUUUUUAAAUCCCUAUGACCUUAACUCUUCCUUGUACUAAACUGAAGUUGCCAAAAUGACUGGCUACCUGCCCUUUGCUUCUUUUCUGUCCGGAAACACUUGCUGCGAUGACAUCUUAUUUAGUCUGGUUUCUCCUGCACGAAGUGAUUACGCCAAGUACAGUCUGAAUUAGACAUGCAGUUCUAAACCAGAUAGUAUUACAGACUCUUUAAUACAGACGUACGCUACUAGGUCAGAAUCUGGAUUUGAAGGGGGAUAAAGAAAUAUUGACUCUCAAAUCUUCCAAUUCCUUCUUGUGUCCCUGAUUUUCAAAAGAAUAAAAUCUUUAAAGAAAAUGACCUAAUGUUCUUGACCCCCAAAAUAGUAUGUGGUUCUCCCGUUGAGUUGUCAUUGGGAGCUCCAGAUUUUCUCAUUAUGUGAAAUCAAGUAAAUACGUGGACUAAAGCUGUAGCCUGUAAGGUUUUUGUGUUUGUUUUUUUUUUAAACCCCUCUGAACAAACCUUUUGGCUAUAGAAAUAGUUAUGAGGCCACAUACAAAGAAUUAAAGAAUUCCUUCUCACUCUUUGGCAUUUGAGUAAAUCGGACACAAGCAACCAGACUCCCUCAUGUGUGAUUGCUCUAGAAAUGCUUACAUUUUUAUUGAGCCCCACAUUGGCUGUUUCCCUUUCAGCAAAUAGGCAUUUGGUCUGAGAAUAAAUCAGUUGCCCUUAAACUUCCUUGAGUCAUGCAUCUCAGUGAGAAUCUGAUGAAAGCUCUGGGCCCUCUCCCCAGAAAAAAAUGUAUAUACAUGCAGCAUUGCAAUGUAACUUGAAAGGGUCCAUGAACCCCUGGUUCCACGUUGCUUGAUAAUGAGGAAGAGGAACCAUGUUUGUUCAUAAUCGAUACGAAAUCCUAAUAGGCACUUUACAUUUGAGACCAUUUCUCUGUGAUUCUCAGGAAGGCCAAGUCUCAGCACCAGAGUUGGAACCAAGAUUUUGUUCUUUUCGUCCCUUAGAUUAUAUUUUGCUAGUUUGAUAUACUUGUAUCCUAAUGUUUGAUGAUUUAAGAAGCCAGAGGCUCUCUGAGUGAGUCUGUAGAGGAAUCCAGGAAGGAGGCAAAACCAUUAUUCUUUGACCACAGAGCAGGACAUCACGGUACCUCUAGGGCCCCAUUCUGGACCAGACGGAAAGCGAGGGAAAGAAAUUAUGUGCACAAGUGUUUCCAUUCAUCAUGAUUUCUGGAGAGAGCAGAACAGGACGGGGGAAAUGCAGUCCUUGCCAGUCCAGACCUCGUGACUGCCUGGUCCUUUUGUCGUACAGGAAAACGAAGCUCUUACAUCUUUCAUGACGUGUGCAAAAUAUAUAAGCCAAAUUUAAAUUACUUUAAACGUAAACUGUGCAAUUCUCAUGAGCCAUUUCUUUCCUGUGCACAUACAUGCGUAUUCUGUCUCAACCCAUUUCUUCCCAUUUCUGGGUUCUCCGUGCCCCGACAUGGCAUUGACUCCAUGGUCUUGUGCAGUCAAGCUCGUGUUCAGUUCAUUUAUUCCAUCCCAUCCCUGAUCAAGGGGACGUUAAUUACCUGUCUCUAUGAGUUAAGCAGCUCAUGAGCAGCACAUUAUUGAGGAACAUAAAUAAAGUCAGAGAGAGCUCACAGCAGUAAUAGCUUUGGUUUCAUCAUCUGCUUCUGAGGUGCCAAUUUUUACAUGCUACUAUACGUCAUGAUUUGUUCUAAGUCACUUGUUCCUUUUGAAAAAAAAAAAAAAAGAAAGAAAAGGUGUUUUGUGAAAAUGGCCAUGGAAAUUCCCUGAUUGACCCACAUACUUACAGUUACAAACUUCGUCCUUGAUAGAUUUGAAUGAGGGGCUGGAAAACUUGGGCACAAUUGCCAUGGCUAGUUCAUACAUUUCUGCAAGCCAGAGGCGUAUUAGCAGGCAGAACACAGCACUUUACCAGAACUGGCUUUCCUUUUAAGUCUAAACUUCCAGGUCUAGGAUAUAUAUUUAGCACUUUGAAAGUUCCCCUUAAAAGAAAAAAAAAAAAAUAUAUAUAUAUAUAUAUAUACAUAUACACACACACACACAUAUGUAUGUAUGUAUAUGUGUAUGUGUGUGUAUAUAUAUACACACACAUAUAUAUGUGAAUAUAUAUAUGAAUAAUCCAGUGGGGAAAAUGUACUUGUAAAAACACACAGUGUGUUUCUUCUGAAUGUUUCAAAUGUAUUCUAAAAGAUGGUUUCUAUAGAUAAUAUUAUGGUAGAUAACUGGAUAGUACAUUAAUUAGACUUUCUGAGGCUCUGCAGUCUAAUCUUCCUGAAUGUUUGGCUGUGUGACUUCUGUCUUGGCAAUCAAUAUUAUCCAGUCAUCCAUCAUGCGCCAUCUAUAGACUGUACCAUUCGAUGUGUCGAGCAAUGCUGUAUUAUAAAACCCGUGUACACAUAUAUGUAACCCAUGUUUCACCCGGCAUAGUUGUGGCAUGUGGUUGUAUUAAUGAACGUUACAGGACAGCUUUAUAAUCAUCGGCCAGUCUGUAACAUUCAAUAAAGAAGCACAUGUUGCAAGGAUUAAGUAUGUUCCCAAUUCCACGUUAUUCAGCAUCCUCGCAAAAUGAGCACUUUGGUUCCCGAUCUGCUUUAUGGUUUUCACAGUCUUCUAACCCUCAAGGAACUACUUGCCUCGGCCGAGGUCCGUCCUCUAACCAGCCCUGUGAGCCGUGGUAGGCAAGUUGGGUUUUGCAAAAUGCGAACUGGCCUGUGAUGCGAAAGACUCUGUGACAAAGGAACUUAAGAUAAUAUUUUCAACUCCAGUGGAAUUAGCUGUUUGUUUACAUCUGCUAACCCCCUGCGGAUGCAGUGUACAGUAUUUUAUAAAUAUGUUCAUUCAGUAACACUGAUACAUUUGUUUCUAGAUGAAGUGAUGCUAGUGUGUAGGUAGUUAUAUAUGUUCUUGAUAUUGCAUCUGACUCAUUAUUCUUUAACGAUAGCAAUGUAACUUAAACGAAGUAAUCCCUCUCCAAAUCCAGUCUUAAUUUUGUGGCAACAAAUUGCAUGCUCUGCUUUAUGCGUUUCUUUUGACUUUUUAAAGACACUUAAUAUUUGACUAUUGCCUGCUGUAACACUUAACCCAGCUAGGAAUUCGCUCACAUUGUUGGGCUUCUUAUACUGUUUGGGGAUUAUGUUUGAUUUUUAAAAAUUAAAAACAAAAAAGUAACCAAGGGUUUUUUUUUUUUAAUCUUAUUUUAAGCUCCGAACAAAUAAUAUGAAAUAAAGUAUUAACCACAGGGUGUGUAGCUAGGGGACCCAGAGAUGGCUGGCCAACACUGUGCGGGUGUUGGCGCAUCUGUGAUGUAGGAAAGACACAUUUCUGAUCCUUUAGGGCCACUGGGUGCAAAUCGCGAAGCCAGAGAGAAGAGUGAGAAGUCCAUUCAGACGGUGCAGAAAGCCACAGAGCAUUUUGAAUGAGUGGCCCAAUGACGCCUGUGACCUCCCUCCUACGUGGUGGCUUUUCUACCUUGUGUGCGAGCCUGGUCCAGGGGAGAGCGAGGGAUGGGUGACUGGGGGUCUGAUCAAGAACCGGGUGACUGAAGAAGGUUGCCCUUUAAAGAAAUCACCAUGUCAUUAUCAGAAGCCUCUCUUUUCCACUUGGAAAAGAGAGGAGCCACUUUGCACAGUCUUAUAAAUGACUGCUCUUCCAACAGGGAGAGAAAACUUCUCCCAGCCUCUGCUGGCCUAAGCUUUCUCUUCCCUUUCCAUGUCAAAUGUUCUCUUUCCCCAGAUCAGAGUCAACCAAAGCAGGGAUUGGUUCUAAUUUAAGGAAAACAAGAUUUUUUUUUCUUUUCUUUUUUAAUCCACUCGCAAAAGCCAUUUUGUUACCUUUUCUCCUAUGAGUUCCUUGCGCUGGUCGCUGCUAUGACAUCAAAACAUGACGAUCUCUAUAUGUCUGUCUGAGAAAGGGUCUCGGUGGCCACGUAAUCCGCCUGGCAGUAAGAGUGAGGUGAAUUUUCCCUUCCCUAAGUUCCCUUGUCUGCCCCCGCCCUUAAGCCUCGAGCCCCUUGCCUGUCUGCAUAGCGUUUAUGUGCUGGAAAGUGAAAAGGGCACACAUGGCCACAAGUCGUUGGGCUCUCUGCAGAGCUUCGGUACCAACCUUGACCCAGGCCUUCCUCUGGGACAGGCAGGCUACCCGGAGCAUUGGGCCACAGAAGUAAGUUCAGCUUGGCCCCCAGAUGUGCCGCUUUCUUCACACCCUUAACUUUCUUCUUUUCUCUUAGCCAAGCACAACAGGCUUUUUGCCAAACCCACAGACCCUUGGUCCUAUGACCUCAGCACCCCACGGAGCCUAGCACAGUAAGCUGAAACACGGGCUCCUUGGAACGGGUCAUGCUUUCAGACUUUGUCCACCCCUCUUCUUCCCACUAACCUAGGCUCUCCCCACCCCCCGCAUUCUACCCUCAUCCCAAACUCAGCCAGUGUUUGUGUAGGCCCCGUCCAAUUCUUUGCCUAUCUGAACCCCAAAAGAGCGCCUCACGUCGUUACCCCAGUUCCCCACAUGUCAUCAGAACCAGCCUUCUGCAUCUAGAUGGCGGGGCUGUAAGCCCAAGGACAGGCAUGGCCUGAAGCCAGGACAUAAACGUUCCCGUUGGACUCAAGAAAGACAACAGGAAGAAGCAGGGUUUGUGGGGCACGAGGGAACACGUGUCCUAUGACAAAAACAUUCACAUUCCAAUUUGUAAACACCCUGCUAGCCAAACAAACAUGUCUGCCAGCAGCAUUCAGUCCCGGUGGCAAGAGUUUGGGACCUCUGAUUUAGGGCCAGCUGGGAUCAUGUUCUUGAUCCUGACUUAGUGUAUACAAGAAAUACACCGAGAACUGAGGUGGGGGUGGAGAGGAACUCACCCUAUUCAGGGUUAUUCCUUUUCUCCCGAAUGAGAGAUGCACGUGUAUUUGCUAGCUGCGUCCUUCUGGACCCAAAGGGAGGAUCUUUGUGAGGGGGAUUCAGAAGAAGAGUACCGUACAUAGCAUCGUAUCAAGGCUUAUCUGCUUUUUGUCACUAGAGCGUCUAACUUGAGUUUAUAUUGUUGUUCCUGCUGUGCAAAACAGUAUACCUGGUAUACUGUACUCAUAGUCAUUGCAUAACCUAGAACUUAGACUCUCAUUUGUAAGCAUUCUAACCAUAGUUUAUAAUGGGGGAAAUUAUUCAAAUAUCACUUUUAAAUGAAUUCCUAUAAACACAACAAUUUUGAAAUUGGGUUUGUUAAAUAUAUAUACAUCUUUUCCUUCUUUGUGUAUGGAUAGACCACGGUUGGCAUAUCUGUUGACAUUAUAAAUAUAUAUAAAUCCUUAGAGGAAUUGUUCUUUUUUAAAGGUCUAUUAUUGGAUUCACAAUGCACUUUGAGCUUGUUUGUUUAGAUACAUAAUUCGAAGCAGAAGUUGGCAGAUACCAUGGGAAAAACUUUCUGAAAUUUCUGUAACAAAUGUUUUGCAAUAAAAAAAAAAAAAACCUCAGUAGUU